GUUAAAAGUUGGGGUACAAUACCAAGGGCCAGAUUAUAUUAAAAAAAUUGAGGGUGUCAGGAAUAUGCUUUCUACCAAGCAUAUCGAUGCGUUUUUGGACGUGCUUUCUCGGAGGUUGUGUAGUGGGGUCAAAUUGAAAUCAGGAGUAUCUGUUUCAACAAUUAAUAUUCAGGAUUCCACUCUAUUUGGUUUGUUAUCGAAUCAAUGGAAAGUGCUUCAUCCCGACGAUCCUCAAUGUACGCAGAGCUAUCCCGACGUCACAAAUUAUGAGAGUUGGAAUGUUCUUAUGUUCGUGGUACUGCUAUUCGUUGGGGAUAUCCUUGGCAUACAAAUCCCGAU